UGUAUGAAUGCCAUUUCGUUACUAUAACCUACGUAUAUGACGAAAUAAUGUUUAUAAGCAUACAAACUUGACAUCUUUCUGUUUCGUGUAACCUUCAAAUUAUUUACACUCGUAGAAUUAUGUGAUUAAGAAAUUGCUACCUGUCAUGUUAACUUAAUUUAUUAUCAAUGUUUAUUUUUAAAUUGUAAUAUACCAGUUAUUUAAAUCGUAAAGUGCAGUUAAUUGUGGAAAAUGACAACAGGCCAAAGUGGACAUGACUACGCUCUUGCAAUUAGACAAGAAAUUCAGCGUUUCGAAAGUGUUCAUCCCUCAAUAUACGCUAUUUAUGACCUCAUAGAUCUCAUAUCUGAUACUCACAUUGCCAAACAAAUUCGAGAGCAUGUUGUUGCUAUUGAAGACUCCUUUGUUAACAGUCAUGAAUGGACUUUAGCGAGAGACGUCCCAGAAUUACACCUAGGUAUCAUUGGCUCCUCAGAUUCCGGGAAGUCAGCCCUAGUUCAUAGGUACCUUACAGGAUCAUUUAUGCACGAGGAAUCUCCAGAAGGUGGUCGUUUCAAAAAGGAAGUUUUUGUCAAUGAUCAAAGCUAUUUGCUUCUUAUCAGAGAUGAAGGCAGCAUUCCUGAAUUGCAAUUUUCUUCAUGGAUAGAUGCAGUACUAUUGGUAUUUAGUUUAGAAAGUGAGGAUAGCUUCUCCCGGAUAUACAGUUAUUACAACCGAAUGUGUUCGUUUCGAAACAUGAUUGAUGUGCCGAAAGUACUUGUGGGUGUACAAGAUUCAAUCAAUGAUACAAAUCCUCGGAUAAUCAAAGAUGUGAGGCCUCGAAAGUUGGCAAGUGAAUUAAAAUGCCCUUAUUACGAGACAUGUGCUGUAUACGGCUUAAAUGUUGAAAGAGUAUUUCAGGAUGUUUGUCAAAGAAUAAUUGAAAGUAUAUCUUCAAAACACUUUCGAUGUAAUGGACAAAGCCUGGGAGAAGACGAUAAAAAACACUCUGCGCCUGUGAUUACAAAAAAUGUACAACCACCUACCAAAGACAUGGACAUAGUUUGUCCGAUUCCAAAAGAUAGUGUCAGCAGCAGUUACCAACUACCUGGAACUGAGAAAGAUGAUGAAGUAACAAUUCGAUCUGGAAAUGAUAGCAGCUCACAUGUUGAUCCUGUAACCACCAAUGAUAGCUUUCAAUAUAUACAAAACCAACAUGGAGAACUACGAACGUCAAUAUUAACUCCCACAACAAUCAGGAAGUUUAGGAGAAAAUCAAAUAUAUUCACGCCAUCUAAGAAAGAAAAAUAUAAUAUGGGUGAAAUGGGUGUUGGUAGAGAAAUACCCGCCAAACAGGGAUAUCUGUUUAAACGAAGCAGUAAAUCUCUCAAAGAGUGGAAAAAAAAGUACGUCACCUUGUUGGAGGAUGGACGUUUAACUUAUCACUCCAGUUUACAUGAUUACAUGAACGAUUCUAAUGGGAAAGAAAUCUUACUUCAGUACGUAACUGUUAAAGUGCCUGGGAAAACUCCGAAAGGGUCCAAAGCUACAGUAGCUCAAGAAGACAGUUUUGAGUUUUCCAUUAUCUCCCUGGAAAACAAAACAUGGCAUUUCGAAGCAAAUAAUGCAGACGACAGGGAUAGUUGGAUUCUGGCUAUCGAGCAGCAAAUUUUGUCUAGCUUGCAAAAUAGUGAUACUGAUAAAAAGAAUGAGACAGAUGCCUUCAAAAUGCAUUGUAUUAAAUACAAGAUAUCCGGUAACGACGCAUGUGUCGAUUGUGGUACCCCAAACCCUGACUGGGCAAGCCUUAACAUGGGAGUGUUAAUGUGUAUCGAAUGUUCAGGAAUACAUAGAAAUUUAGGCUCCCAUAUCUCGAAAGUCAGAUCUCUUGACUUGGAUGAUUGGUCGUCUGGACAGCUGAGCGUGAUGUUAGCAUUAGGUAAUGACAUAGCAAAUAGUGUGUGGGAAUAUUGUCUAAAUGGUAAGCAAAAGCCGAAUUCUGAAUCUCCUAGAGAAGAAAAGGAACAAUGGAUCAGGUGGAAAUACGAGGACAAAGCUUUUUUACCACCUAUCAAUCCUAAUAUUUCGUUGGGAAAAUUAUUGAUUGAUUCUAUUUGUCGGGGCGACACAAGGGCAUUUACUUUAUGUCUGGCGCGAUGUACCUGCGAAGAUAUAAAUAUUUCUGUCAGCGCUGAAGAUCUUCGAACACCACUUCAUCUUGCUUGCGCAACUGGAAAUCUUGCAAUGGCUCAGUUGUUGAUAUGGCAUAAAGCAAAUCCUCACAGUUUAGACCAUGAAGGGCGAACUUGUAUGUCGUAUGUGCAAGCUCUCGAAAGGACAAUCGACAAUUCUUCCGAUUCAAUGGAAAUGCAAAAACUUUUAGAAGUUUUAGAACAAGCAAGUAUCGCCGGUGUUGAGGAUUCCGAAACUGUCCAGUAUUAAACAUUCUAACACCUCACUCAAAAUUAUGAAUAUCACGUUUUAUGACACGGUUAUUAUGUACUUAUUGUACACUACAAAAUGCUUUAACGGGUUUUGUGUAUAAGUAAAAAAAUUAAUUAGUAA